AUGCCCACAAACUACGAGUAUGAUGAGGCUAGUGAGACAUGGCCGUCCUUCAUUUUAACCGGGAUCUUGAUGGUCGUCGGGCCCAUGACACUAUUUCAAAUAUACCAAAUUUUCUUUGGGUCCAAUACUGAAGAUGUGAAUCCAGGGAGUAAUAAGGGGUUUAAUGAGGAAGUUUUCAAGAAGUUGAAUGAAGAAUACACUAGCGAUGAAAUCAAACAAUUCAGAAGAAAGUUUGAUAAGAAUAGUAGUAAGAAGUCCAAAAUAUGGAGCAAGAGAAAUAUUAUAAUUAUUGUGGGAUGGAUCUUAGUGGCAAUUCUUCUGCAAAGGAUCAAUAGCAAUGAUGCGAUUAAAGAUGCAGCCACAAAAUUAUUUGACCCUUAUGAAAUUCUUGGUAUCUCUACCAGUGCUUCCGAUAGAGAUAUAAAGUCUGCUUAUAGAAAACUUUCUGUUAAAUUCCAUCCAGAUAAAUUAGCCAAGGGCCUAUCGCCUGAUGAAAAAAGCGUGAUGGAAGAAACUUAUGUUCAAAUUACGAAGGCUUACGAAUCUCUUACUGAUGAAUUGGUUAGACAAAACUAUUUGAAAUAUGGUCAUCCAGAUGGUCCACAAUCUACUUCACAUGGUAUUGCUCUACCAAGAUUCUUGGUGGAUGGAAGUGCAUCUCCACUAUUAGUAAUUUGUUAUGUUGCGCUAUUAGGUUUAAUCUUACCAUAUUUUGUUAGUAGAUGGUGGGCAAGAACGCAAUCGUAUACUAAGAAGGGAAUUCAUAAUGUGACGGCCUCUAAUUUCGUUAGCAACUUAGUCAACUAUAAGCCAUCGGAGAUUGUCACUACAGACUUGAUCUUGCACUGGUUAUCGUUUGCUCAUGAAUUCAAACAGUUCUUCCCUGAUUUACAGCCAGCAGAUUUUGAAAAACUUUUACAAGAUCAUAUCAACCGUAGAGAUAGUGGUAAACUUAACAAUGCCAAGUUUAGAAUAGUGGCUAAAUGUCACUCUUUGCUACAUGGUUUGUUAGACAUUGCUUGUGGAUUUAGAAAUUUGGAUAUUGCAUUAGGUGCAAUCAAUACCUUCAAAUGUAUUGUUCAGGCUGUACCAUUAAUACCAAACUGUCAAAUCCUUCAGUUGCCUAACGUAGAUAAAGAACAUUUCAUAACUGAAAACAAAGAUAUUCAUACAUUGGGUAAAUUGUUUACUUUGGAAGAUGCCAAAAUUGGUGAGGUUCUUGGCAUAAAGGAUCAAGCAAAGUUAAAUGAAACUUUGAGAGUUGCAUCGCAUAUUCCGAACCUAAAGAUCAUAAAGGCAGACUUCCUUGUCCCAGGUGAAGAUCAAGUAACACCGUUAUCUACCCCAUAUAUUUCUUUGAAAGUAUUAGUUCGUUCUGCUAAGCAGCCAUUGCUACCAACUCGCUUGAUCCCUGAAGAUAAAUUAAUAGAGCCCCAGGAUUUUGAAUCCCAAAGAGAUCCAUUUGCUAUGAUGGGCAAGCAGCCAUUGGUUCCAUAUUCAUUUGCGCCAUUUUUCCCUACAAAGAGACGUGGGAGUUGGUGCUGUCUGGUGAGUUCUCAAAAAGAUGGUAAAAUACUUCAGACACCAAUUAUCAUUGAAAAACUAUCUUACAAGAACUUAAACGAUGACAAAGAUUUUUUUGACAAGAGGAUAAAACUAGAUUUGACCAAACAUGAGAAGUUUGAUAUAAAUGAUUGGGAAAUCGGAACCAUCAAAAUUCCAUUAGGUCAGCCUGCACCUGAGACUGUUGGUGAUUUCUUCUUUAGAGUAAUCGUUAAAUCUACAGAUUAUUUCACCACAGAUCUGGAUAUUACUAUGAAUAUGAAGGUCCGUGAUUUGCCUGUAGUGGAAAAAGUGGAAGUUUAUUCUGAGGAAGACGAUGAGUAUUCUACUGAUGACGACGAAACUGAAAGUGAUGACGAAAGUGAUGCUAGCGAUUAUACUGAUAUUGAUACAGAUACAGAGGCUGAAGACGAUGAAUCACCCGAAUAG